AUGGCGGCCCCUCGUCACAAAUCACAACAGAAAAAUAUAUCUUCGAUAUUUUCGAAGUUGCACGGGGCGUUCUCGGACGCGGUAUGCCCUACUAAACUUGCGACCGAUAAAAGGACAUUGGAUAAGACUUGGAAAUUGAUGGAUAAAGUUGUGAAAUUGUGUCAGCAUCACAAGAUGAAUUUGAAAAACAGUCCGCCGUUUAUUCUGGACAUUCUGCCGGAUACGUACCAGCGUCUGCGUGUUAUUUACUCGAAAUACGAGGACAAUAUGCAGGCGUUGAACAGUAACGAACAUUUUAACAUAUUUAUAAUUAAUUUGAUACGGAAAUGUAAGCAGGCUAUAAAGUUGUUCAAGGAAGGGAAGGAGAAGAUGUUUGAUGAGAAUUCUCACUACCGUCGUAACCUGACGAAGCUCAGUUUGGUGUUCAGCCACAUGUUGAGUGAGCUGAAGGCGAUGUUUCCGAACGGAACGUUUGCCGGUGAUCAGUUUCGCAUCACGAAGAGCGAUGCCGCCGAGUUUUGGAGGACUAACUUUGGAAACAGAGCAGCUGAACAUGUUACCACCAUUGUCAUAGAAUCUCCCUGA